AUGUAACGUCAACAUGUGUCAAUAUGUCAAGUUUAUUCUCUCUUUCACUCAAAUAACUUUCUUUCAUUCUGUUUGUUUGUCACUUUAUAAUAUGGAAAUGAAAAUUUACUAAAAACAAACAAAACAAAUUAUAUUUUAGUUUCGGUCCGUUUUAAGUACUCAUGCUUGGUCUAAAAUAAACAAAUGGCAUGGUUUGCGGAGCUCGCUGGCAAGGCAGAAAGCCUGCUAAACAAUCUAGAUGAGCAAACCGGCGCGGCUUUACGAAACCAUAAUAGUGUAUUGAAAAAAAAACACGAUAUACACCCUGAGCAUGCUUGGGGACAAAAGAACAGGCCAGUACCACGAAAUUUGAAGAAAACCUCUGGUACUGACACACUGGAUACAUAUGUUUCGAAAGAUGGAAGGAAACUAUCUCCUCCAGCACAUCAUCAGUCCCAUUCACCUGUAAAAGACAGUAAGGUUGUGGCGAGAGAACGGUCCCCAAGGACUCGACACCUGUCAGUGAAGAAACCUACACAAUUCACUCUAAACCACUGUCCGAAGAUUUUAGUCGGUGAUUUUAAAGAUGAUAUACAUGAUGAUCAAUUUGGAUUGAAACGGAGAAGGUAUAGCUUGCCAACAGACUUUGAAUUGAUAAGCAACGAGAAUUUAACAUACAAAAUGCAAAAUUUAGAAGUUGAGAACGCAGUGCUGAAAAAUGAACUGAACAUAAUGAACAGAGAAGUCUCAGAAUUGCUCAAUAGGUUACGAAAAACUGAGGAUGGUAAUAUAUUAAUAAAUGGUUUUCAAGAGUUAAGCAAAACACAUAUUAAAUUAGAGAGUUCGGAAAUUUUAAAUCAGAGGUCUGCACUAGAUAAAGAGACAACUAACACCCAGUUAGAGCAGCUGAAACAAAAAAUUAAUGAAUUGACAAGUGUAGAGAUAGAGAAAUACAAGGGGCAGAUACAGAACAAGGAGACGGAACUGUCAGUGUUGAGGGAUAGAAAUAAGGAGUUGGAAGAUCAGGUACAAGAACUAACCGAGAAAUUUAACGGAAAUCAGUCAUCUCAUAUUAAAUUGGAGAACGAAUUGCGACACGCACAGUCGACAAUCGGUGAAUUACAAAACGACCUAGUGAGGUCAACAGCAGAGUGUCAAAGGCUCGAGAAGGAUUGGGAGACGUAUAAGUUGAGAGUCAAAAGUAUGCUGUAUGCUAAAGACAGUGAGAUUAAGACGUUGCAACAGGGUGCAAAUGUUGCGGAGAAUACUAGAACGUUGAUUGAACAGCUGGAGAGUUUACAAAAAGAACGAGAUGAGCUGUCGGAAUCGGUCGUACGCAUCCGCGUCGAGAGCGGCGAGAUGCAGCAGCAAGUUGAACAGCUGGAGGGGCAGUUGAGUGCGUCCGGCCGCGCGGUGGCAGCACUGCGCGAAGCACUGCGGGACGAGCGGGCCGCGCGCAACCGCGCCGACACCCAGGCGCGAGCACUCGCUAAGGAGUUAAAAUCCAUGGAAAUCGAAACGGGCCAAACUAUAGCUGAUCUACGCACAGCUCUCCGUGAUAAAGAGAAUGAACUGAAUCACCUCCGUGAUACGACCUCGUCAAUUCGAACCACAGACACCAGUGCCCUAAAUGUUGCCGACUAUGACGUCAUGCAGAACAGCAUAGACAAUGAUAAAAUUCAUUAUUUAACGGAGACUUUAGUUCAGAAACAAGGGAAGAUCGAUUCUUUGUUGGCAGAUAACAAUAUGUUAAAAAUACAGCUCGAUAAAUUACAGUCUAAAUAUAAGUGUGAGAUAUCAAACCUGAGGGCUUCUAACGCACACAGCGUGGUAAAUCUGCACGAGGAAGGUCGACCUCGUGCCCGCCAUGACACCACCGUCUCCGGUAUGGGGAAAUUCUCAUUAAGAAUAGGGCAAGUUUUGAGAAGGAAUCCAUUGUUCAGGGUGUUCAUUAUUAUUUAUAUGAUCGGUCUUCAUUUUUGGGUGCUCACGGUCUUGUUGACAAGUACACCGGAGAGCUAUCUAACUAGACCAAGCAAGAUGAAAUAAAAUCAGCUUUAAUUCCAAUAGUCAUAGAUUGUAAAAGAAAUCUUGCGUUUUUAUAAUUUAUCGUAGCACUAUAUCGUACGAUUUUACCGUUGCGAUAACAGAAUAGUAAAACAUGCAAUUGUAUAUAUGCUUUUUAAUCCAAGUCCUUUAUAUCGUCGACGAAAAUUAAAGGCGUCAUAUAAAAUCGUAAGAUAUCCUGCCGUGCAUAAAUUAUAAAAUAGUCAUUGAUUUGGGAAUCAUUGAUGUAAAAUAACCCAAGAUUCACAUUCCCAUACAAAAGAUAGUCUCAAAAAUAUUCCGAAUUAAUAUUAGUUGUCUUAAGGCAAGGUGUGAAUGGUAAAAUUGUAUUUUAUGUUAUGUACCAUAUGGCCAAAAGUCAGUCAAAUAGUAAUCUUUGAGUUCAUCAAAAUAGUAGUUUUGUUUAUUAUCAAUGGUUACUAAUCACAUUUUAGUAAUGAAUAUAAAGAGAUUUUUUAUAAAAUUAAAUAAAAAAAUUUACUUUGAAAAUAUAAUAAUAAUACCGACUGUGCUUCUGCCGGGGGUUAGUUUGCCAUCUCCUCUCCUUAAGAGGGGAGAUGUAAAUUUUCUAAAAAUUAAAAAAAAACUAAUAAUAAUACUAUUAUUAUAAAUAUUAAUGAUGUUCACAUUUGUAUGGGUGUAUGGUAGUACUUUUGUAUGAAAUGAUCCUUUGAUGACAUUGAAAUUAUGAAAUAAUUUCAAUAAACAGUUACAUAAUAAUGCAAUAUGUCCUUUGUUUACCUCUUAAUCUAUAAUUUAUGGUUUUUAAAAUAAAAUUUAAGAACUUUAAAUAAUUCUAAUCAAGAAUCAGACGAAGAAACGCAAUAAAUUAUAUCGAAAAGGCAUUGACUUCGUUUUCUUGCAGUCUUUUCGUUUAUUGGUGCUAGUAACAAUAUUUGUAAAUAAAAUUAAGUGUAAAAAAAAACAUGUAAAAUUAUAAAAUGUAUAUAUAUAUACGAAUCUCGUCUACCGACUGACUUUAGACGCAAUAGAAUUGGGAUCACAUUGAAAUCACGUUAAAUCGACGUCAAAUUGUAAAUGGUACUGUCCCUUCGAAAAUGUGACGUAUAUUUGACGUGAUUAGAUCCUAAUUUAGUUGCGUCAAAAGUCUGCCUGCUGUUUGAUGAAUGCUGAGGUUUAAUUUCAUAAUUAAUUAAAUAAUAAUUAAUAGUGUAGUAUUCCAAAUAAAUUCGAAUUAUUAAACACCAAAAUUAAUUGCCUUUUUACACAACUGAAUCUUAAGAUUUUGUUGUAGAUAGAACAGAUAUUGCUAGCAAUAGGGCCUCACUAGUAUCUAUUAAUAAAAAUUCCUGACUUCAGUUUGUUGUGUACUGUACAAUACUGCUUUUCAUACUAGUUGGGUGGACAUUUUUACAUUUUAAAAACUGGCCAUUAAGGCUGCACACGCGACGGAAGCUUAAAAAUGGAGUAACUUCUCCCGUUUUCCAAACAUUUCCCUUCACUGCUCUGCUCCUAUUGAUCGUAGCGUGAUGAAAAGUAUACUAUAACCUGCCCAGGAGUAUGAAGAAUAAUUGUACUGAGUUUCGUUAAAAUCUGUCGAGUAGUUUAUGUUUCUAUAACGAACAUACAGACAGACAGACAAAAAUUUUACUGAUUGCAUUUUUGGCAUCAGUAUCGAUCAUUAAUCACCCCCUGAUAGUUAUUUUAGAAAUAUAUUUCAUGUACAGAAUUGACAUCUUUACAGAUUUAUUAUAAGUAUAAAUAGAUAUAUAUAUAAUAUUAUAUGUAAUGAAAUUAAACCUUAGUAUUUAAAUUGUUAUAUUAAAAUCGUCAUACUUCGAUCAUCAAUACUUGUAGAUGUCCAGUCAAUGUGUUUAAAAAUGCUUGUGCGAAUAUAUGUAUUCUCACUUGCUGUCAGAAUUCUGAAUUAUUUUGCGUUAUUUCGUUACAGACAAAACUAUACCUUAUUAUAUUAGUCAUUAAAGUUUAAGUAAAAUCGAAAUAAAGUUUUAGAUAAUUUUUCUUUUCAAUAAUAUCAAUAGUGCAUUCUUAAUAAAAUAUCGACAUAAUUUCAAGUUUUUGUGAACAGCCCGCUUAAAGAAAUGCAGAUUGCACUCAAGUUAAAAAAGUACAUCCUUUUUAUAUGUUAUUCAAAGGGAAAAGAGGGAUUUUUAUGGGUUCAGUUCUUUUUAUGGAGUUUGCUAGAACUUGCCAAUUUGAAGUUAGGAGGAUAUUUCAUUAAGAGUGCGAUAGUUAAAUGAUGGCCAUGUCUUCAAGUCCAUUUUAUUUCCGCUUUUAUGUGACGUUGUCUAGCUGUUAUUAAUGAUCGAAGCUGCCAUAAUAAGUACCUUCUGACUCAUGUUGUUAUUACUUUCGUAUAACGGAAUAAUAUUUACGCAAUAUUCCAGUGAUUAAGGAUAUUUUGAAUGUUUUGUUAAUAUUUUUGGUUUUUGUAAAAUAUGACAUUUAAUUAUAAUUUCAAAUAAAAUUAUAUUUGUUA